CGUACGGUAAUAUCAUAUAUUUUAUGACACGAGUGCGAGCCGCGGGUUCGAUCGAGCGCACGAUAUUACAUUAUAUAAUACGCCGAUUGCCGAUGGGACGGCGUGUAGAAUCGCCUAUACAACAACAACAAAAACAACUUUAAUAAUAAUAAUAUUGGAUAGAUCGUCGUCGGGUAUUCGAUCGCUCGCUGCUGAUCAGUAGAAAUGUUUCGUCGAACAAGCGACCUAUCGGCGGCGGUGGUCCUCGUGGCGGCCCGCCGAGCGAAGUCUACGGGCAACGUCGGUGGCUUUGGUCCGAGACCGUUGGAUGGCGUCAGGGUGGUGGACAUGAGCAGGGUGGCCGCGGGUCCCUAUUGCGCGAUGGUGUUGGCCGACAUGGGCGCGGACGUGAUCAAAGUCGAGAGACCAGUGGCCGGCGACGACAGCCGCCGUUAUGGGCCACCGUUCGUAGAUGUCUGCGGCGACGGCGGGAGUGGCGAAAGCCGUAUGAGCUUGUACUUUGUCUCAUUGAACCGGAACAAGCGAAGCGUGUGCGUAGACUUCCGGCAGCCGGACGGCAAGGCGAUAAUCCGGAAGUUGAUCGAGCGGUCGCACGUGCUCAUCGAGAACUACAUACCAGGCACGUUGGACAGGCAUGGUAUUGGAUACAAAGAUUUACGCAAGAUAAACCAGAAAUUAGUAUUUUGUUCAAUAACUGGUUAUGGAUCCAAGGGACCAUGGAACCAAAAACCAGGUUAUGAUGUUAUAGCCGCGUCAAUCGGUGGUCUAAUAAACGCCACCGGUGAUGCCGUUCCAGCAAAAUGUGCUAUACCCAUUACUGACUUAAUGACUGGCAUGUAUGCUCAUGGUGCUAUUUUAGCGGCUUUGUAUCGCGGAGUUGGUGACAAAAUUGACUGUGAUCUAUUAUCGACGCAACUGUCAAUGAUGUUCAAUUUGGGAUCAAAUUAUUUAAACGCGGGUAUGCUAACGAAACGAUGGGGGACUGAACAUGAAAGUGUGGUUCCUUACAAAGCAUUUAAAACAUCGAAUGGUUUCCUUACUUUGGGUACAGGCAACGACGGACAAUUUAAAUCGUUUUGCGAUCGCAUAUCAAUUCCAGAAUUAGCUACGGAUGAGCGAUUCGUGGACAAUGAAUGUCGUGUUAAGAACAGAGAACAGUUGUAUAACAUCAUUGAACCGAUUUUAGAAUCCAAAACGAACGAAGAGUGGAUGAACAUUUUUGAAGGAGUACCUUUUCCUUAUGGUCCUGUAAAUGACAUGAAACAAGCAUUUAACAAUGAGCAUGUUAAAGAUAUAAAUAUAGUCCAAGAUAUCGAUUGCUCGUAUAACGCCAAACUGAAAAUAGUCGGCCCUGCAGUUACAUUCAAGAAUAGCAGUAAUUUAAUCCGAAGAGAGCCUCCGUUGUUGGGCCAACAUACAAACGAAAUACUAACUUCUUUAGGAUACAAUACCAAAGAAAUCGAAUUAUUACGCUCAAAAACCGUAAUAUGAUUAUCAUUGUUUUAGUUUUUUAUUUAUUUUCUUUUUACAUAAAUUCUUGUUUCUUAAUGUGAUGUCACAAAUAUAUUUUGCAUUAUAAUUUUGAGAAAUUGGUGUUGAC